CACAGUGUAUUACGGUCUCGCACCCGUUAACGUGCACGAUCACCACACACCGAUUGAAUUAAAGUCAAGAUGGCGACCGAGGGCGAAUACGAGUCGAUCCUGUGUGUGAAACCUGACGUCAACGUUUACCGAAUCCCGCCGCGGGCAUCGAACCGGGGAGUCAGGGCUGCGGAUUGGAAGCUGGACGCCCCUGAUUGGACAGGCCGCAUGAGAGUGACGGCUCGGGGAAAAGUGGCUUUCAUCAAACUGGAGGACAAGAUCUCUGGGGAGCUGUUUGCACAGGCACCAGUGGACGAGUACCCUGGCAUCGCCAUAGAAACCGUCAGUGACUCCAGUCGGUACUUUGUGCUUCGGAUCCAGGAUGAGAGUGGUCGCAGUGCGUUCAUAGGCAUCGGGUUCGGGGACAGAGGAGACUCGUUUGACUUCAACGUGGCGCUGCAGGAUCACUUUAAGUGGGUGAAACAGGAGCUUGAGAUCAGUAAGCAGUCUCAGACUCCAGACAACACUCCUAAACUGGACCUGGGUUUCAAAGAAGGACAGACCAUCACUCUCAACAUCGGGCAAGGCAGAAAGAGAGACAAGUCCCGCCCCCAGAGCGCUGGUGGCUUUGGGCUCCUCCCUCCUCCCCCUGGUGGUGGAGGCACCAAGAUAGCCCCUCCCCCUAUGUCAAGCUCCUCCAAUGACAACGAAGGUUUAUUCUCAGGGGGAGACUUAUUCUCUGUGGGAAGUGACACAUUUUCAGGAGGAAACAACACAUACUCAGCAGGAAGUGACAUGCUCUCAGGGGGAAGUAACACAGGCUGUUUGUUAGACCUGGACAGCAGUAACUCCAACUCUGUGGUGCAGCCAAACCCCAACCCUGCAGGCGGCUCGGACAUGUGGGGAGACUUCUCUGCCCCAGAAAAGUCAAUGUCUCCUCUCGCCAACGAUGAUGGUUCCACCAACUGGCAGCAGUUCUGAGGCCGUCCCACAAUCCCUUUCACUUGACCUUCACCUGACCUUUAACCCCUGACCAGAGGAGGACUCCAGCAGAACACUGUAUAUUAUCACCUCAACCUCAGUGUACUCUUUCUCUCUCUCUUCCCUCUCUCUUUAUUUCUCUCUCUCUUCACCCCUCUCCUGGCUUCCUCUCCUUACCAUCCUCUCCCUCUACAUCUUUCCCUCUCAGCCCCAAAGUUACACUCUCUCCUCCCAUCUCCUCUCCUUACCAUCCUCUCCCUCUACAUCUUUCCCUCUCAGCCCCAAAGUUACACUCUCUCCCCCUGUCUCCUCUCCUUGCCCUUCUCUUCCUCUGUCUCUCUAUCUAUUGCAACAGAUUAUUUAUUUAUUACUGAGGGCAAAUCUCUUUAAAUGAAAGAUGGUACAGAAAGGAAUGAUGGUGACUCACACUAAUAUAGUCUUGAUAAAUAAAUACAUAAAUUAAUUAAUGUACAUAAUAUAUUAUUGUAAAUGUAUAUAUUGUCAGUAGUUUGUAAUUCCCAUUGUUGUUGUGGUAGUGUUGUAGCUAAUUUUCCUUUAGAAUCUCCAGUACAACUGGAAUUAUCGCCUGAAAUGACUGAUUUACAGGCUUGCCUGGAUGCAUUAGUAUAUGACCAAGUUAUCUCAUAUCUGAUCUAAGGUCAGUUUUGCGUUUUCCUCUUAAUUGCUAA